AUGUACCGCAAAAUUUUUGUGAAGGCCCUCGGACCGGAGCUCCGCAAUGAAGCAAAGCUUGCAGCUGGUGCUCUGGCUGGCAUCACAGCCACGCUGUGCUGCUUUCCGCUGGAUGUGCUGCGUACGAGAGUCCUCAGCGCGCCAAUCAGUCAGCGCGAGGGGAAUUAUCUGGCCAUGUUGGCUCGGAUUGCGCGCAAGGAAGGACUCCCAGCACUCUAUGUCGGAUGCGCGCCUGCUCUGGUGGCCAUGGUGCCCUCUGGGGCCGUGUACUACUGGCUGUAUGACAUGCUGAAGGAGAAGCACCUCAAGCAUGUGUCCACCAGCACAGGCCAGCAGGCGUCCAGACUGGAUGCAGCCCACUCCCUCUUGUAUGGGGCGCUGGCGGGCGCAGCAGCAGAGAGCACUGUGUAUCCCUUGGAAGUGAUCAGGCGGCGCAUGCAGCAGAUUGCAGCCGCAGCAGUGGGCAACAGCGGCGGUCAGCUGACACGAAAGGAGCCUGUCUCGCUUGCUGCAUCCAAGCUUUUCGUCCCAUCCAAGCGUCGCAUCAACGUCACAGCCAUGGAAAUGGCAAUCGGCACCCUCUUGCUCACGCUGCUCUUCCCUGUUGCCUUUGCAGAUGGCAUUGAGUGGCAAGCCAUGCUGAAACCUCAGGGCGGCGGAGUGAGAUACAACGGCGAUGCCACUCCAGAUUUGAUUGUAGAGAUGUCUGCGUCAGGCACCUAUUACGGCCAACAAGAUGGCCAGAACGAUGGGGGCGCCUGCGCCUUUGGCAAGUCUUUCUCCAAUUCCCUGGGUUUGAGCUGGAGGGAGGGCGUGCAAACCUACAUCGCCCUCAACCGAGCGCAGUACAACAACUCCCAAGCUUGCGGCCAGUGCCUGAUGUACCGCGGGCUGGGCGCUGGAAUUGGCAUGCUGCCCAUACCCUCUGAGUGGCAGUUUGGCCUGGUCGACAAUGUGUGUCCAGAGUGCGCUUACGGCAGCAUUGACCUGGACAAGAACGGUGACGGCCGCUGGAAGGUCGAGUGGUACCCCAUUCCUUGCAAUGUGGGCGAAGGGAAGUUUCACUACUUCUUUGGUGGCAGCCCCAACCCCUACUGGUUCAUGUUUGCCAUCUCCAACACAAGGGUGCCGAUACAGAGUGUCAAGCUGAAGUAUCCUGACGGAAACUUCUACGACCUUGCCCGUGGGUGGAACAACAUGUGGGCGGCCAACGGAGGGCCUUUCAACUCUCCCAUAGACCUCGCGAUCACAUCAGUCCUGGGAGACACUGUGCGUGACACCAUCCAGAGCACAGCGGGCUGGGAUGGAGGGUCGCAGUUCCCCUAUCGCGCCAUGGGCGCCAGUGCCCAGCCACCUUCAGAUGGGAAAGCACAAACCACUCAAGGAGGAUAUUCGUUUGUAUAUCUAGUGGAGGAAAUACUCAGCCUGGGAAGUCAGGCAGAGCCGCAGCAGUAUGCUCUCAAGAAAGUGCUGACGUCCACUGGGGAGCAUGUAGAGCUUGCAUAUACCGAGAUCAGGGUCAUGCAGAGCCUGAGGCACCCAAAUCUGCUACCGCUGCUGGCAUCAGAGCAUAAGGAGGUAGAGGACGAGGAGAGUGGCGUGUCGGCUUUUUACAUGCUGUUCCCCCUCUACUCGGAUUUUGGGAGCACGCGGCAGGCGAGGGUUGAGGUGCAGAGCCGGCAGCAGGCAAUGUCGGUCCAGGAGGAUGCAGAGGCCCACUGCAGCGCCCCAUACCGGGCGCCAGAGCUGUUUGAUGUCCCUUCGCAGUGUGUUCUGGACGAGCGCGUCGAUGUGUGGUCCCUGGGCUGUCUCCUCUACUUCAUUAUGUAUGGCAUCUCUCCCUUUGAGCGGGUUGCAUUUCCCCAGUCAGACCACUUCCCUGAAGAUGUGCAUAACCUUGUGACAUACUGUCUCACAACAAAUGCUGCUGAGCGGCCGUUUGUGGAUGAUGUCAUUGCAAGGGUGCAGGACCUGCUUGUAAGAUGUCCCAUCGAAUGCUGA